AUGGAAGAUACCUACAUUGAAAGCUGUCGACAGCGAGUAUGCGCGUUGGUAACUCCCGUCCGCAAUUUGGUAGACGAACACGAUGAUCUGGUGAUUAGGGCUUUGCUGAGUCUUGAGCUAGGAAGAGAAAUCUUCAACGGGAAUUUGAAAGACGAAAGUUGGAGCGACGGUGAUGAACUAGAAGAACAGAAGUCGACAUUAGAGCUAGAAGGUUUACUCCAAGUCCCUCGGGAAGAACACAUUUGGGAACGGUCAGUCCGCAUUUACGAUUCGCAAUUAAUACUUAUGGCUGGCAGCGAGUUAAGAGCAGAUAUCGAACCCUACGCGAAGGCGAUUUGUCUAAAGCUCGCCGCCGCCUUCUACGUCACUCUACCUCGCGAGAUUCGCGACCUGGUGUAUUCAUAUCUCACGAACUCAGGGAAUAACACCGACCACGUGAUCAUUGUAUGUGAUGGUAAACCAUCAUUUCGAAAUCGCUCGUAUUGCGGUCGAGCAGAUACUCGGACCAGCAAGGACUCAUUCUGGGAUAUCUCUGUUCUGGAGUAUUACUUAAAUUCAGAAUAUAUGGGUCUAGCGGUCGCGAGGGAGAUCGCAGAAGCAUACUACCAGACAAAUACCUUCUAUUUCGACUACCAUGACCUUCCCCUCCUUCACAAAUUCCUGACAUUGGACCGCUUCGGGUAUGGUCUUGUUCCUGCGGGCCUGGUUCGGUAUCUAGAUAUCGUAUUGGAUGGAGACUAUGGCUGCCCUUGCAAUAGCAGAGCUCUUUGCCACUGCGAUGUCACUCAAAAUGCUACAAUAACACCGGACAAGGCGAUACGAUUGAUUUUAGAGCAAUUGCUCAUGGUCAAGACUAGACAAAUCAGUCUCAGGAUAACAGUAUACAUCAUGGACGGGCUCAUGAAGGUGAAAGAGUUCGUGGGAAUACUGCAUAUCGUCUUUCCUAUAAUUUGCCGGCUUAAAGAGCACGGUUUUCGGGUGACUUUGAGGUCGUAUACCAAUCGUAGCCGGGAGUGGACCGUUAAGGAUUCUAGUGAGCAUCCGAUCGAUCAAGUUUUGGGGGCGAUUAGAGAGAAGUUCAUCGACAUCUUGGAUAGCUCUUUGAGUAGCACGCAUUACUUGUUAGCGAAUGAAUUCGACACACAUUUCUCGUCAUAA